ACCACCAUUAAUCUUUGAUUGAUUGAUUGUAUUUAGGAGCUCUCAACAAGUUUUUGUUUCGGGGACAAUGAAAGUUGAAAAAGGUUACUCCAGUGAUGAAUAAUGAUUGCUCUAAUAAAAGCGUCCACUCCCAAACAUGUCAUUGUCCGUGACCGACACCACCCCAAAGCGCUCAAAACCCUCACAAACAAUCACUCUCAUCCAUGUAUUGUUCUGUGUUGUAUAUCUGUAUUCUAUUCUAAAACCACUUGAUUCAUCUCAAUCGCACCUCUUGUAAUGCUGAAUUGCCAACCAGAUCCGUACAAUUAAACCCUAGGUUUGUCGCCGGACAUGCACGGUCACAGUCGCCUCGGCCGCUCCUCGCCGCCCUCGUCGCCGCGGUUCCGCCACGCCCGCACCAAAAGUGUCGGCGGCGGCGGUGGUGUUGGUGUUGGUGGUACGAAGCUGCAGAAUAUUUUGGAACGGUUGUUGUAUGUGCUUAUAUCGGCGAUGUUUAGGCGGCGAGGUGUGCUAUUGUUCGCGCCGUUGUUGUAUAUAUCAGGAAUGUUGUUGUAUAUGGGGACGUUAGGGUUUGAUGUUGUUGUUGUUAGCAAGAUUAGCGGUGGUAGUGUUGCUCCGCUGGGGUCUGUGUAUCGGAGUCCUCAGGUUUUUGAGAAGCUCUGGCCAUUCAUGGAAGCUCAAAACAAUGGAAGCUCCCCCAAUGCGUUAAUGCAUGCGUGGAAUCCAAAGCUCCAUAAAGGCUGGAAGCCUUGUGUCAAUUAUAGCAUUUCUCAAUCAGGGUUCUCAGAAUUGCCGAAGUCAAAUGGUUUCCUUAUAAUUGAAGCGAAUGGUGGUUUGAACCAACAACGGUUAUCUAUAUGUGAUGCAGUAGCUGUGGCGGGACUUCUAAAUGCAACCCUUGUUAUUCCAAUAUUUCAUUUAAAUAGUGUUUGGCGAGAUUCCAGCAAGUUUGGGGACAUAUUUGAUGAGGAAUUCUUUAUAUAUGCGCUAAGAAAUCAUGUGAAUGUGGUUAGAGAGCUCCCAGAAGAUAUACUACAAAGCUUUGACAAUAAUAUAAGCAGCAUCGUGAACUUGAGAGUAAAGGGUUGGUCAAGUCCAACCUACUAUCUUCAAAAGGUCCUUCCAAAGCUGCUGGAGAUGAGGGCUGUUCGGAUUGCACCUUUCUCUAACAGAUUGGCCCAUGCUGUUCCUUCAAACAUUCAAGGGCUUAGAUGCUUGGCCAAUUUUGAAGCACUUAGGUUUUCAGAGCCCAUACGAAUUCUUGCGGCGAAGAUGGUUGACCGAAUGCUUCAUAAUAACUCCAAGAGUGGGGGAAAGUACAUUUCAGUGCAUCUCCGGUUUGAAGAGGAUAUGGUGGCAUUUUCAUGCUGUGAAUAUGAUGGUGGCAAGGAAGAAAAGCUUGAAAUGGAUAUUGCUCGUGAAAGAAGUUGGAGAGGAAAAUUCCGUAGGAGGGGUCGAAUAAUAAGGCCCGGUGCAAUUCGGAUGGAUGGUAAAUGCCCAUUGACUCCGUUGGAGGUGGGAAUGAUGCUUAGGGGCAUGGGUUUUGAUAAUAAUACCACUGUUUAUGUUGCUUCGGGAAAAAUUUAUAAAGCUGAGAAGUAUAUGGCCCCACUUAAACUAAUCUUUCCACGUUUAGAAACAAAGGAUACGUUAGCUUCCCCAGACGAACUUGCUCCAUUCCAGGGGCACUCGUCUAGGUUGGCUGCUCUUGAUUAUACAGUUUGCCUUCACAGUGAAGUCUUUGUCACAACUCAAGGUGGGAAUUUCCCCCACUUCUUGAUGGGUCACAGGCGCUACUUAUAUGGAGGGCAUGCCAAGACAAUCAACCCUGACAAGAGAAAACUAGCACUAUUAUUUGAUAGCCCCAAUAUCAGAUGGGAGAGCUUUAAACGCCAAUUGCAAGAUAUGCUUUAUCACAGUGAUGUAAAGGGAAGUGAAUUGAGAAAGCCCAGUGGCUCACUCUACACAUAUCCAAUGCCGGCUUGCAUGUGUAAGCAGCAUGCAGAUGUCGCAAAGGAGGAAAUUGGUAACACAGCAAAAUAAACUUUGAUCUUGGAUUGUAUAUAUAAUGUUGUCUGCAAGUGUUCGGAGUUUUUAUACUAAGCAUAUAUAUAUGUAUGUGUAUAUAUAUAUAUAUAUAUAUGAGUUUUUAACAUCCAUUCUUUUCAUUUGUAUUGAGGGGAGAAAUUCCAAGGUUUUGAUUCUUUCAUAUUCAUUGACUCAGCUGUAGUUUUUAUAGUGUGAUACUCAAAAUUCAUUGUAUAUGACACAGUGGUUGUGCAUAAGAGAUUAUUAUUUGUUUA